UGGAAAUGUCAGAUGUUGGUGGAAAUUUGAUUUCAUCUCAAGGGAAUGAGUUUGAAAAUAAUGUUGGUGGAUUUGUUGAUUCUGAUCCUUGUAGUCAGGGAUUGACAGAUGUGUUAUUGAAGAGUUUACGGAGUCCUGGCGUCGAUGUAGCUAGAGCCGGUGUGUGCAGUAAAGAUUCGAAGAAAUUGGUAGGCGGGGAAGAGCUAGGAGUUGGAUUUAUUGAAGUAUUUAUCAUAGUACCAAUCAAGCGCGACGAGCCUUUAAUACGACCAUAUGGAAGUUAUCAGUUCAUUGGGGAUGUGGUAGCACAAAGUAUUGCAUGGCCAUCUAGUUUUGUUGAACCAGUUUGAAGAUUUGUCCGGCACCCACGUUUGUGAUGAAGUUGAGCUUCGUAUAUAGGUGUUAUUGCAUUUGUGGGAAGUAUUUAGAUUAUGGUAUACUUAGUAA